CUCACCCACCAUCAAACAAUGGCAACCUCGCUUCUCUUCUUCUUCUUCUUCUCCUUCGCUUCUCUCUUCUCCUCUUCAAUGGCUCUCUCCUGCUCCUCCUUCUCCUUCUCCAACAAUCGCACCUUCGUCUCCUGCUCAUCUCUCCCUCAUCUCAACGCCACCAUCCACUGGACCUUCGAUCCUUCAACCUCCUCCCUCUCCCUCGCCUUCACCGCCCCUCCCCCCUCUUCUUCCGGCUGGAUCGCCUGGGCCAUCAACCCUAAUUCCCUAACCAUGAUCGGCUCUCAAGCCCUAAUCGCCUUCAACGAUCCCACCAUCAAACCCCAAACUUUCAACAUCACCGGCUACUCCCCAAUCAAACCCUCCCCCAUCGAUUUCCCCACCUCCGAUCUCCAAUCCGAGUCCUCCUCCACCCACCUCACCCUCUUCGCCAAGCUCAAGCUCCCUCAAGGCUUGACCUCCAUCAAUCAAGUCUGGCAAGUCGGCACUUCCGUCACCUCCGGCUUGCCGGACAAGCACGAGAUGUUGCCUGAUAACUUGCAAUCCAUGUCCAAGCUUGAUUUGACCAAAGGUCAGCGAGUCACCACUGCGACGUCGACGCCCACGUCGCCGGCGCCGGCACCGCCGUCUUCCGCUCCAUCCGCCGCCGGUUCUCAUCGUUUGUUAUCGAAGGUUCGUGCCCGUGUUCUUUUUUUUAUUGAAUUUUUUCUCUUUUUUAUUUAUUUAUUUUGAUUCGUUAGGGCGCGCUUUUUUAUUCCGUUGUUGUUAUUUGCUAGAUUUGGAACGUUUCUUUUUU